AUGCAGGCCUGCCAGAGGAGGCCGGGUCGCGUGUUCUGGAUCUUGCAGCUGAAAGCUGUGAAGCAGUUUUACGACCUGUCGAACGUCCUGGAAUCCAUGUUGCUUUGCGUGCCAUUGGCUUGCCUUGAAGAGGCUGCCGCAGGGUUCCUGGCACCACUCUACCUAUUUCAGGGACUCAGGUCAGGAGUCCUUGAUCUGCCAGAAGACCUGCUCCAGCCUGGCUGUCAUGAGAACCAUAUCCGAAUGCCUUUCCGUUUGGCUGUGGCGGCUGACCAGCUUGCAGAGUUUCGGGAAGGCUUGCUCUUGGGACCAGAAGCUGCAAGAGAUUUGAGAAGGUCUUGGCUGAUACGCUUUGGCCAGGACCCCCGCGAGAAAAGGCCUCCAGUCAUCUUCACUGCAACAGAACAACCGCUGCUCCCGCACACCAUGCGGGAAUCAGCACAGACUUACCAAGCCAAACUCUGUAGCGGCGCAAACGCCUCUGGCAGUGCUGUGCUUUUCGCAGGCGACUGGCGCUUUGAUGAGGCCGUGAUAAGAAGUAUACACCGUCAUCUUGUGCGGCCCCUAGCAGCCAAAGUAUUUGCCGUAGUCAGUCGGCGAGGGCAACGCCACGGAUGGAAGGAACGCCAUACCCUGAAGAAGCAUUUGCCAUCUUUGAGGGCUUUUGUAUGGUUGUUGGACGACUCUGAUGCAGACCUGCGCCUCAAGAUUCAGCCGCGUGCUCUAAGGUUUUACGAGAGGCUGGGUGGCCGGGCUUUAGCACCCUUGGCACGGCAUAGCAAAGGAGGUUCUCUACACAGCCUCAUCAAACUACAAAAAGUGUUGGAGCUGACAGAAGCUUACGAACGCCAGCGUGGAUACUGUUUCCGAUGGCUGGUCUACAGUCGCCUGGAUUUGCUCUGGAUUGCUAGCCAUCCUCCCUUGCGACUUCUUGACGAGCGAAGCAUUUGGACCGUCCCUCUUGGAGGAACGCUCCAGGAGCAAACGCGUGAGUCUAUAGCUGCUGCUUGCCGUGCAGGGCACUGCCUCCAGCAGUCAGGGCGUGCAGAUUGA